CAAUUAAUUAGAAUAGAAAACAUAAAAAUUGAUGAAUUAAAAAUGGACCCAGAAAUUCAAUAUGAAAAUAUAGAAGACAAUAUAUUGGAUGAUCUUCACACAACUGAAGAAAACUAUUCAUUUUUAAUAAAAAAUGAAGACAUUAAGGUUGAACAAGAAUUAUUACGCAUUAAAGAUGAAAUAUUCGAAGAAAAUAUAGAAAUUGAACCAGAAAUACACCUCGAAUGGGGUGAUAUUUAUGAACCCGAAGAACUUUUUACAUAUGAAAAAUCACAUUCUUGUGAUAUUUGUGAUAAGAAAUUUACACGACGAGAAAGUUUAGUUAGACAUAAACGUAUUCAUACAGGAGAAAAACCAUAUGCUUGUGACGAUUGUGAUAAAAAGUUUACGUUACAUCAACAUUUAAUCAAACAUAAACGAGUCCAUCACACUGGAGAAAAACCAUUUACAUGUGAUUUUUGUGAAAGAAAAUUUUCUCAACGUGAAAGUUAUGUUAGUCAUAAACGAAUUCAUACUGGUGAAAAACUAUUUCCAUGUGACGUUUGUAAUAAGAAAUUUACAAGAAGUGAAACUUUAACGAUACAUAGACGAAUUCACACAGGUGAAAAACGUUAUUCUUGUGAUUUUUGUGAAAAAAGGUUUAUAACACGUCAACAUUUAAUUAAACAUGUACUAACUCAUACAGGAGAAAAAUUAUUUUCUUGUGAUAUCUGUGAUAAAAGAUUUUCACGACAUGAAAGUAUAGUACGACAUAAACGAGUUCAUACCGGAGAAAAAUCUUUCUCUUGUGACGUGUGCCAUAAAAUUUUUUUUCGGUUUAAUAAUUUACUUGUGCAUAAACGAACUCAUACCAAAAUAAAAACGAACGUAAAACCUUUCUCAUGUGAAAUUUGUUAUAAACAAUUUACACUAAAGACAAGUUUAGUUAGACAUAGACGAAAUCAUAUAAUUCCUCCUAAUUCGUUAAAUAUAAAAAUGGCAACUGAUUCAUUUGCACAAAUAGAAGACAUUAAAGUUGAGCAGUUGGAAACUGGAUUAGAAAUUAAAAACGAAAUAAGUGAAGAAAAUGAUUCAAUGAAUCAUGAAGAUAUUCAUGAAUUUAAUACAGUAUUAAUCAAAAAUGAAAAUAUUAAGAUUGAACAAGAAUUACAGACCGAAUUAAUAAUAAAACUUGAAGAUAAUGAAGCAAAAGAAAAACUUUUUACUUGUGAUAUAUGUCACAAAGAAUUUACAGAGCGUUGUAGUUUAGUUAAUCAUAAACGAGCUCAUACUGAAAAACGUUUUACUUGUGAUGUUUGUGACAAAAAAUUUACUGAACGUUACGUUUUAGUUGCACAUAAAAGAGUUCAUACUGGGGAAAAACCAUUUUCUUGUGAUGUUUGUGACAAAAAAUUUACUAAACUUUACCAUUUAGUUAAUCAUAAAUUAAUUCAUACUGGAGAAAAACCUUAUGCAUGUGAUGUUUGUGAUAAAAAAUUUAUUUACAAUAAUGAUUUAAUUAGUCAUAAACGAACUCAUACGGGAGAAAAACCAUUUUCUUGUGAUGUUUGUGACAAAAAAUUUACUCAUAGUAGCGGUUUAGCUAUACAUACACGAGUGCAUACCGGAGAAAAACGUUUUGCUUGUGAUGUUUGUGAUAAAAGAUUUACAGUUCGAAAUAAUUUAGUUAAUCAUAAACGAGUUCAUAAUGGGGAAAAACCGUUUUCUUGUGAUGUUUGUAAUAAAAAUUUCACAUCCAAAGAAUAUUUAAUUAGACAUAAAUUAACUCAUACCGGAGAAAAACGUUUUGACUGUGAUUUUUGUGACAAGAAAUUCACACGAAAUGAUAUUUUAGUUAAACAUAAACUAUUACAUACUGGAGAAAAACCAUUUUCUUGUGAUGUUUGUGAAAAAAAAUUUACUCAAAGUAGCAGUUUAGCUAAACAUAAACUACUUCAUACCGGAGAAAAACGUUUUACUUGUGAUGUUUGUGACAAAAAAUUUUCUCAAAGUAGCACUUUAGCUAAACAUAAACUACUUCAUACCGGAGAAAAACGUUUUGCUUGUGAUAUUUGUGACAAAAGAUUUACAGUUCGAGAUAAUUUAGUUAAUCAUAAACGAGUUCAUUCUGGAGAAAAACCAUUUUCUUGUGAUGUUUGUGAAAAAAAAUUUACUCAAGGUAGCAGUUUAGCUACACAUAAACUAGUUCAUACCGGAGAAAAGCGUUUUACUUGUGAUAUUUGUGAGAAAAAAUUUACAUUUCGAAAUAAUUUAGUAAAUCAUAAACGAGUUCAUGCUGGAGAAAAACCUUUUUCUUGUGAUGUUUGUGACAAAAAAUUUACAUUUAAAGAUUAUUUAGUUAAACAUAAAUUAGUUCAUACUGGGGAAAAACCAUACUCUUGUGAUAUUUGUGAGAAAAAAUUUAUUCAACGUAGCAAUUUAGCCCGACAUAAAUUAAAUCAUCAUAAACAAGCUUAUUCGGAGAAAAAACAUUUUUCUAAUGAUGCUUGUGACGAAAAAUUUAACGAACUUAGCAAUUUCACUAAACAUAAACGAUUAGAAACUGAAUUAGAAAUUAAAAAUGAAAUCUUAGACGAAAAUGAAUCAAUAUAUCCUGAAACUAUUCAAGAAUUUAAUACAGUUUUAAUCAAAAAUGAACCAGAAAGUGUUAAAAUUAAACAAGAAUUACAUACUGAAUUAAUAAUAAAACUUGAAGAUAAUAAUGAAAUAGAAAUCGCACAUACUGGAGGAAAAUCUGUUUUAUGCGAUAUCUUCGCACAUAAACGAAUCCAUACUGGAGAAAAACCUUUUACUUGUAAUGUUUGUGGGAGAAAAUUUACUGAUCGUAGCAGUUUAGCUAGGCAUAAAAAAAUUCAUACUGAAGUCUUACGAACAGGAAUUAAAAUUGAAAUGUUAGAAGAAAAUGAAUCAAAGGAUCUUGAAACAAUUCAAGAAUUUGAAACAGUUUUAAUAAAAAAUGAAAAUAUUAAAAUUGAACAAGAAUUACAGAAGGAAUCAAUAAUAAAACAUGAAGAUAAUGAACCAUGGAGGUAUUAUUAG